AUGGCCCCUAGUUGCAACCAUAACCAAAACCGUGUCCAAAAUGGUCAUCAAUUGCCACAAGAAGUAGUAGUUGUGGUAGUUCCAUUUCCAGCACACGGUCACUUGAAUCAACUUCUUCAUUUUUCUCGUCUAAUCUCAUCAUAUAAUAUACCAGUCCAUUAUGUUACCACCACAACUCAUAGUCGUCAAGUCAAUUUCCGAGUUCAUGGUUUUAAAUCAACAAACAAUAUUCAUUUUCACGAAUUUUCAACCCCAGUUUCUAACUCUCCUCCUAUUAACCCAAAUUCCAUAACCAAAUACCCUUCACAUCUUCAACUUGCUUCCCAAAUUUCCACUAACCUUCGCAAGCCUGUUGCUAAUAUUUUAGACUCUCUUUCACAUAAAAACCGGAGAAUUAUUAUCAUCUAUGACUCGUUAAUGGGAUCCGUUGUUCAAGAUUAUCUCGACAUUCCAAAUGCAGAAGCCUACACUUUCCAUAGUGUUUCGGCUUUUACUAUAUUUAUGUACGUGUGGGAAAAUAUGGGAAGGCCUUUUGCUAUCGACACGGAUAUGAUAAAAGACCUACCUUCAAAUGAAGGUUGUUUCAGUCCUGAGUUUGAGAAAUUUGUCAAAUCCGAACAUGAGUAUAGUAAGUUUAGUUCUGGCAAGAUUUAUAACACGUCAAGAGUUUUUGAAGGUCCUUUUCUUGAUUAUCUCUCCAAGGAACAAAUCAAUAAAGGCAAAAAGCAGUGGGCUCUUGGCCCAUUUAAUCCAGUUUCCAUCUCAGGGUCCAUCCAACCAAGACACAAGUCAUUGACUUGGUUAGACAAACAAGGACCAAAGUCAGUGAUUUUUGUGUCAUUUGGAACCACAACUUCAUUCUCUGAUGAACAGAUCAAGGAAAUUGCAAUUGGGUUGGAACAAAGCCAACAAAAGUUCAUUUGGGUACUGAGAGAUGCGGAUAAAGAGAACGUUUUCUCAAAAGAUUUCACGAAAAAAAUUGAAUUGCCAAAAGGGUUCGAAGAGAGAGUGAAAGAAAAUGGACUAGUGGUAAGAGAUUGGGCCCCUCAAUUAGAAAUCUUGGCCCAUACUUCAACCGGAGGUUUUUUGAGUCACUGUGGAUGGAAUUCUUGCAUGGAGAGUAUUUCGAUGGGAGUUCCUUUAGUAGCAUGGCCAAUGCAUUCGGAUCAGCCCAGGAACACGGUACUCAUAACGAAAAUACUAAAAGUAGGGUCAGUUAUUAAGGAUUGGGCUCGACGAGACGAGUUGGUGAAGUCCAGUAAGAUUGAAAAAGUUGUGAGAAUUUUAAUGGCAUCAGAAGAAGGAGAAGAAAUAAGAAAGAGAGCAGAAGAAUUGAGUUUUGGUGUGAAGAAAGCUGUGGGAGAAGGUGGUGUCACAAAAGAUGAGUUUGAUUCUUUCAUUGCUCAUAUUACUAGAGGAAUUUGAUAUAUUUUCAUCAUAUUUUAAUGAUCAUCAGUGAUGUAAAUCUGAUAGUUUUGGUCUAACAUGAAUUUGUUGUGAUUUUAGUCGCGUAUCCAGGAUUUUCUAUUUCAGUGGUGUUAAUAUAUUUGAAGAAGUGUCAAUUUUUAUUUGUAUACCUAAUAUUAUCUAUUAAAAUAUUUCGACGAA